UUAAUGCCACAGGCCAGGAAAACCUCAGCCUGGAGACACUCUUCCAGGUUUUGUCAGUGUUUCCGGUUUGUAACAAGCCUGAUCUGAUGGAGGUCGAGAGGUGCCUACUGAUGUGAGGUGGGGAGCCCUGAAGGCUUGGCCACGGCUGUGGAUGUCACCGCUGCCUUUCUGGGACAAGGUAUGCCAGGCUGGGCGUGGGCCUUAUCACACUUACAGGCCUGGAAGAAACUACAUCAGCCAGGGAUCCCUCAGCCAACUCAGAAGACAGGAUGGGGGGUCACACCUGUGUGUUAAAGAGGUUUCUGCCUCCUUGUGUGUUGUAGUAAAGAAUACCAAAGAAGGUAAGAGCUUUCUUUCUCACCUAAAGCACAGAAAGGAGGGCAACAAAUGUGUGUUCUUACACGGGAAAUAAUACAGGUUUGAUUUGAGGAUAGAGGUAAGAGAAAGCCCCUAUUAUCAACUCACCCAGGGAGGGUAUUUGCUAUGUGUAUUUUGAGGUUCAUUUGGGGGAAGAUAAACAAUUACCAACAUUUUUUUUUUAAAUGAUAAUGUCAAAUAUGGAUGGUGCUAAGGCAAAUCCUAGAAGGACAGGGGUCUCACCCAUAUGAUGUACAUGUGCUAUUUACCUGAGAAGAUGGCUCACCGGAGUGAUCACCAGCAGGAAAAGUAAUUAGUCAUUACCAAAAGGUGUCAGUUCAACAGUCUGAGUCUACAUCAAGCUCAUUUUUCAUGUUUGGUUUUACGAAGCUUUUCUUUUUUCCCUUGAGAAUUAUUUUAGUUCUCCUUUCUACUCCUUACUUUUAGAAUGUCCUUUACAGGUCUGUAAAUGAUAUCAGUUUCUUCUCUUAAGACAGCCAUAGGUAAUACCUAUUUAGUCAGAACCACUUUUUAAUUUCUUUCUUACAUGGACAUUUUUUUGAAAAAUAUGAUUUCUUGAUUUUUAAUUAUCAAAGUUAUAAUAGAGUAAGUUAAAAAUGAAAGUUUAUCACACAAGCCCAUUCUGCAGAGAUAAUCACUAUUAACAAUUUGGUGUAUGCUAUUUGAUUGUAUACUUACUGAUACUUUUUUUAUAUAGAUGAGAUCAUAUUAGGCAUGCUAUUCUGCAAUUUGCUUUUCUUCAUGCAUUGAUGUAUCUUGGGGAUAUUUUCAUGCUAUUACAUACUGAUUUGCUGUGUUCUUUGUCAUGGCUGAAUGCUAUUCCAUUUCCCUUUUAAUGUCCCAUGAUGUAUUUUGCUAAUUCUGUGCUAAUAAAAUAUUUAAGGUGCUUAUUAUUUUGGGGAGAGAGAUAUUUUAAGAGAUUCUGAGAGUGUCAUUUAAAAAGGUUCCUCAUCUAUGGUUUUUAAUGGCAAUGACAAACAUUUGCAAAGUUCUCUUCACAUAAAACCUCAUCUUCCCCUUGUCAUAACCGUGUAAUGGAGUUACUACCACCAAUUCACAGACAAGAAACAGAUGAGAUCACGGAGUCCCGUCCUGAUAUCUGGGUACUCCCUGUCCCCUUCCACGAUAUAUGAAGGCACAUCCUUUUUGUCCUUGAUGACCAGAAUUAAUUAUAACUGGAUGUGCUGCCUGAGGAGAGCCUUCAUUUCUUUCACCCCUGCAGGUUAUUUCGAAUAGUUUAUUGGUCCCUGAUAGUUAUUCCUCUCUCACUCCAUGGCAACAUCAUACUUCUAUCUCAAUGGCUUUUUUUUAUAGGGUAGGUGAUAGACAAAGUUGUCUUAUUCUGCCACCAUUUUUGGAUCUAUAAACUCAUAAGAAACAAGGUGCCUGAAGGGCAAAAGAGGAAUAAUUUAAUAAUAACCAUCUUUGACCCAGAAAUAAUCAGUAUCCAUCCUAUUGGUUUCUGCUUGUCUUGGUCAGCUAGGGGUGCUGGAACAAAAUACCACAGGUGAGUGGCUUAAACAACAUACAUUUAUUUAUCACAGUUCUGGAGGCUCAGUAGUCCAGGAUCAAGAUGCCAGCAGAUUUGAUUUGUGUUGUGUGCUCUCUUCUUGGCUUGCAGAUGGCCACCACCUUUCUCACAUGACACACACACACACACACACACACACACACACACCCACACAGAUCGAUCUAAUCUUUCUUCCUCUUUUUUUUUUUUAUAAGGACACUAAUCCCAUCAUGUGGUUACCACCCUCAUGACCUCACCUAAACCUAAUAACCUCCCAAAAGCUCCACCUCCAAAUAACAUCACACUGGGAGUUAGAAAGUCAAUUUGUGAACUUAUGGGGGACACAUACAGUUUAUAACAAUGCUGUAUUGAGAUAGUAUGUCUUUUUCUGCUUCCUAAAUCUGAGCCAGGGGCAUGUUUUUGGUUUUUGAUAUUGUAAAAUAAAUAUAUCAGAUCCAAUCUAUCAACAUGUAUUGAGAUUCUACCAUAUACUGAGAACACUUUAAAUACAUUAUUUAUUACUCUCAUAUAUACAGAGGAGAAAACUGAGUCUAUGAGAGGUUAAGCGACCAAGGUCUAGUGAGAAGCUGAUCUGAAAUUCUCACCUGCACCUGUAUGCUUCCAAAACAGAAACACUUUAGGACACAACAUGGCUCUACAGGCAAGUUACCAAUGAUCAAAACAAGUUGUAAGUGAGUCACUGGUGGACUCAGUCAUUACUGUUACCCCUUUUAGCUCUAAAACUGUGCAAGUUAUCUGGAGAAAGUUGGGUUGAUUUGGUCAUGAUGGCUAUUCAGUUUGACCCAUACUCAGGUUCUGGUUUUAUGGUAUCUCUUACAUCUGGGAAUCAUUUUGCACACACACACAAAAGAGAUCAUAGUCUUUUUGUCUUUGAUCAUUUAGUCAAAGUAAGCUAACCAACACAAGCAAGGUGAGACUUUUCUUUGAUUUGCAAGGGAAAAGAUAACAACUUUUUGACAAUCCCCAAGACAAUAACCUUUAAAAAUAGAGGAAGUAGAGUAGGGUAGAUGUGAGGUUAGGGGGAAAAAUAUAGAAAUGGAAUCCAUAGGCACCUGGGUGGCUCAGUCAGUUAAGCGUCUGACUUUGGCUCAGGUCAUCAUCUCAUGGUUUGUGAGUUUGAGCCCUGUGUCGGGCUCUGAGCUGGUAGUGUAGAGCCUGUGUGGGAUUCUCUAUGUCCCUCUCUCUCUGCCUCUCUCCCACUCAUUCUAUCUCUCUCAAAAAUAAACAGUAAAAAAAAAAAAGUGGAAUCCACUCUCAACAUUAAGUCAGUACAUCUCAGAUUGCUUCCUGAAGAAGAGCUAGGAAAAGAUUGAUCUUUAUUGUGUAAAAAUGAAUGUGCUAAUAAAUAAAUAAAUGGUAAAAAUAAAUAAAUUUAUUCAAUUAAUAUCUAUUGAAUCUCUGCCACAUGCCAAGCCCACGCUAAUUUCUAGAUAUAUAAUGAUGAAUUUGCUCACACACAACCUUUGCUCUCAAGCAACUGGUAGUUUGAUGGUAGAGAGACACAAAAUAGGGAAGUAUAAUAUCUUACCGCAGUAAUGGAGAUGUGAAUAGGUUAUUCAAGAACUCACAGGAGGGGCCUGUCAAACUGGCUUCCCUAAAGUGAUGCCCAAAGUGAGCCUUAAGGAAUGAGUAAAGUUAGCCAAGUUAGCCAAGAGGAAUGGGAGAGGAAGAACAUUCCAGGUCAGAACAAAAACACAUAGGUCAUGGUGGUCAAAGAGCAGUUUGAGGAAAGCAGAGAAGAGAGAUGAGGCUUGAGGAGUAGGCUUUUGGGAAGAUGAGUUCUGUUUGUGGUACAUGGAGUCUGAGGCACCCCAGUGAAAGGUUAGCUGGAAGCUGAGUAUAUGGGGCUGAGGUAUAUGCAUGAUCCGUGAUGGAGAUAUAGAUUUGAGCAGUAGAAGGUAAUAGUUGAAUGUGUGAAUAUUCAUUCAAUCAUCCAGGAAGUAUGUUCCAAGUGAGAAGACCUGACGUUUGAGACUAGAAUACAAAUAAAAAUUGAUAUUUAAAGGAUUGACAGUGGAAAGUCAGCUCAAGAAGGAGGAAGAGUAGUCAGAGAGGAAGGAGCAAACGCGAGGGAAUCUGGCAUCGUGGAAACUCAAGGAGUAGAAUUUUGAUCAAAGUGGGACUUGUGGAGGCACAUGGCUUUGCUAUUUGGGCAAAGUAAGGACUAAAAAGACAAAGGCAUUAGAGACACCAGCAUGAAAAGUUCUGAUCAAUAGAGAAGAUGUAAAAACUGGUUUUAAGAGGGAUUAGGCAGAAAAUAUGUAGUCUACUUAAGAGAAAUAUGAAUGAGAAGAAAAGGGAGGCUGGCUUAUAGCUAGAGGGAUAUAGGAGUCAAAGGAUAAUGAUAAUGAUGAUAAUGAUGGUGGUGGUGGUUGUGGUGGUGAAGUGCUUUGAGAUUAUAAGAAAAGAGACUUCAGUACGCUUCUAAAUUGAAAAGGAAAAAGCUAGUAGAAAGGCUGGGAACAUGGGAGAGAUGUGAGAUGACACAUGGAAGGAAUUUGCAGGGGGGAACAUCUCAUGCACUGACAUCACCGAGGUGGGGAGGGUGCUGUCCUAUGAUAGUCCCACAUUUUUUAUGAUGUGGGAGAUGAGGUCCAUAGAUUACUUGGUCUAUCUGAACUAAUACUCUGCCUGAAUUCCCUUAUUUCAGACUCCCUCUUCCUUUUGUCAGCAAACAAUUGCUCCCUCAGACCUGCUGUCUGUGUCCUGCAGAAACCUUGUACAUACACUAUGGGAAGUGGUACCUCAACCCAACAUCAUUUUGCUUUCCAGAAUGCAGAGAAAGCCUUCAAGGCGGCAGCCCUAAUCCAGAGAUGGUACCGACGCUACACGGCGCGCCUGGAGAUGAGGCGGCACUGCACCUGGCGCAUCUUCCAGUCUAUAGAGUACGCGGGACAGCAAGACCAAGUCAAGCUCCAUGAUUUCUUCAGCUACCUUGUGGAUCACUUCACCCCCAGCAGCAACCAUGAGAGGGACUUCCUGGACCGCAUGUUCACCGAGGACAGAUUCCCCCAGGACUCUGAGAUGGAGAAAUUCAGUGACUAUGAAUCUAUAGAAGUCCCUGACAAUUACACGGGACCACGCCUCUCCUUCCCACUCCUUCCUGAUCACGCAACUGCCCUGGUGGAAGCUUUCAGACUGAAACAGCAGCUCCAUGCUCGCUAUGUCUUGAAUCUUUUGCAUGAAACCAGGAAACACCUGAUACAACUGCCAAACAUCAACCGGGUCUCCACCUGUUACAGCGAGGAGAUCACAGUGUGCGGAGAUUUACAUGGCCAGUUGGAUGACUUAAUAUUUAUAUUUCAUAAGAAUGGCCUCCCGUCACCAGAGAGGGCCUACGUCUUCAAUGGUGACUUCGUUGAUCGAGGCAAGGAUUCAGUAGAGAUCCUGAUGGUUCUUUUUGCCUUCAUGUUGGUUUACCCAAAAGAGUUCCAUCUUAAUCGAGGAAACCAUGAGGACCAUUUGGUGAACUUACGAUACGGCUUUACCAAGGAAGUGAUGCAUAAAUAUAAGACACAUGGCAAGAAAAUACUAAAAAUACUGAAAGAUGUUUUCUGUUGGCUUCCUCUGGCCACUCUGGUUGAUGAGAAGGUCCUGAUUCUUCAUGGCGGAGUGUCAGACAUGACCGACCUGGAGCUCUUGGCUAAACUAGACAGGCACAAGAUUGUUUCCACCAUGAGGCACAAAACGAGAAAGGAGAACGGGAAACAGGUGAAGAAGGAGGAAGCCAACCAGAAGAGCUCCGCAGGGAGACCCACCCCGUGGUUUCUCCCCCAGAGCCGCUCUCUCCCCACUUCGCCCCUUCGCCUGGGCUCCCUCCAGGCGCACAGAGCCGGCCGCUCAUCCAGCAUUCCCUGCGGCGCCCCCCGGGACGCGAAGGAGCUAGCCCGGCAGGUGCGGCGCUCCGUGGACCUGGAGCUGGACAGGUGCCGGCAGCAAGCAGGCUUCCCGGUGAGCUGGGGGAAAGAAGAGGCCUCGCCGUGCACGCCAGAAGCGGAUUCAGGAGCAGAGGAGCCGCUGGAGCCCACGCAGGAGGAGUGGAGGCAGGUGGUAGAUAUACUGUGGAGUGAUCCCAUGGCUCAGGAGGGCUGUAAGGCCAACACUGUUCGAGGAGGAGGCUGUUAUUUUGGACCCAAUGUGACAGAACGGUUGCUACAGAAAUACAACCUGCAAUUCCUGAUCCGCUCACACGAGUGCAAACCUGAAGGCUAUGAGUUCUGCCACAGCCGCAAGGUGUUAACCAUCUUUUCUGCUUCCAACUACUAUGAAGUUGGCAGUAACAGAGGGGCCUAUGUCAAACUGGGGCCAGCCCUGACCCCGUACAUCGUGCAGUAUCAAGCUAACAAGGUGACCCACAUGCUGACCAUGAGGCAAAGGAUUAGCAGAGUAGAGGAGUCAGCUCUGAGAGCUCUGCGGGAAAAGUUAUUUGCUCAUUCCUCAGAUCUUCUUGGUGAAUUUAAGAAGCAUGAUGCAGAUAAAACUGGUUUAAUUACCUUUAGUGACUGGGCAGAAGCCGUGGAGUCUGUGUUGCAUCUAGGACUGCCAUGGCGGAUGCUGAGGCCACAGCUGGUGAACAGCUCAACGGAUAACACAUUAGAGUACAAGUCCUGGCUGGAGGAUUUGGCCAAAGAACAACUGAACCGUGAGAACAUACAGUCAAGUUUGCUGGAAACACUGUAUCGAAACCGAUCCAACCUGGAGACCAUUUUUAGGAUCAUAGACAGUGAUCAUUCAGGGUUCAUCUCACUGGACGAAUUCAGGCAUACUUGGAAGCUGUUCAGCUCUCAUAUGAACAUCAACAUCACAGAUGACUGCAUCUGUGACCUUGCACGGAGCAUUGACUUCAACAAGGAUGGCCACAUCGACAUCAAUGAAUUCCUGGAGGCCUUCCGUCUUGUGGAGCAAUCCUGCUCAGAGGGCAAUGCCUCAGAUUGCCCACAAACCACAAACACUAAUGACAAUGGCUGCAGCAAACCAGGCACACACUAAGAGCAGCCUGGUGUUCAUUGCCCACGGUGCCUCAUAACCAAUACUACACUCGUCGCUGGAAUAGCUCCUUUAUUCUCCAUAGAUAUGUGGAAUUUUAUGCUGAGAAUUUGCCUACCAGUGUGCAUCAGAAUCACCUAUUUGGGUGUGUGUGGGGUGUGUGUGUGUUUAAAUAUAUAGGUAACCCAUCCUUGUCUCAGAAGUUUCACAAGGUAAGACCCAAGUAUAAAUAUUUUUAAAUUCUGAAGUCUACCCCAGUUAAGAACCACUGAUAAUUCAACCCCCUCAUUGUUUUCAUUUUAUACCUUUAACUUAUUGUUUUAAAAAUGUUGUAUUGAGGGACACCCCGGUGGCUCACUUAAGCAACUCAGGAUCAUGAGUUCAAGUCCCAUAUUGGGCAAUGCGCUGGGCAUGAAGCCUACUUUAAAGAAGAAGGAGAAGGAGAAGGAGAAGGAGGAGAAGGAGAAGGAGAAGAAGAAGAAGAAGAAGAAGGUCUUAUUUUUUUAAAUGUUUAUUUAUUUUUGAGAGAGGGAGAGUGGGGGAGGGGCAGGGAGUGAUGGGGACAGAGGACCCCAAGCAGGCUCCAUGCUGACAGCAGAGAGCCUGAUGCAGGGCUGAACUCAUGAACCAGGAAAUCAUGACCUGAGCUGAAGUCAGAUGCUUAACUGACUGAGGCACCCAGGUACCCCUUAUUUUUUUUUAAUUAAAUGCUUAUUUACUUAUUUUGAGAAAGAGAGUGAGUAUGAGUGGGAGAGGGGCAGAGAGAAAGGGAGAGAGAAUCCUAAGCAGGCUCUGCACUGUCAGCACGAAACCCUAUGUGGGGCCUGAACCUGGGGACCAUGAUCACUACCUGAGCCAAGAGUUGGACGCUUAACUGAUUGAGCCACUCAGGCCACCGAAAAAUGGCUCAUUGAUAAAGGAAAAUUAUGAAAAAUUGUUUAUGCAAUCCCAUGACUGAAACAUAUGGAUUGUUUUCAUUAUUACUUUUUCUUGUUGUAACUAUAGUUUUUGUAUAAUUUAAUGUUUUGCUUUUUUAAAAAAUAAAUUCAUACCUAAUUGUAAAUACUUACCUGUGUUGCUACAUAGUACUCAUGAUUAUUAGUUUAAUGGCUGCAUAAUUUUCUUCCAGAUGGGUGAACUAUAGCCAUUUUCCAACUGUUAAUCACGUGCAUUGUUUUUAGUUUUCCAUUAUUAUAAAUAAUACCAUG